AUGGAUUCCCCAAAUACACCACAGGAGCUUCCGCGCUCUCAGGAUGCCUCUGAAUCUCCGAAACCGAGUCAACAGUCUCAGAUAGUAGUCCCUGUGAUUAAGAAUGACACACCUGAAGAUACUUCUGGUGUCCGGUUCUCUUCCGCUGUCGAGGAGAUCUCGCCUACGCAACCGGCUGCUGUUGAACCGUCGUCAUCGAGCUUAGAACAGGAAGAUGGAGACCAAUCGAGUCCUUUUACAGAAGUAACGGCAGAUCAGCUCAAGGCAUUUACAAAGUCACUUCACGGACGACCUCUUCAAGAACUGCGCCUUAACAACUGCCAGUUUGAAGCAUUCUCACUCCCGCCCUCCCGAGUAUGGCCCCCCCCCUAUCCCGUUAUUCACGCACAAACAAUCUCUGUAACACCCUCGCAAUCAGCUUGUAACUCAAAGCUGUUGUUCGCCGGUUUCUGCAAUCCGAGUGUUGUAGCAUAUCCAGAGCCCAAUGCUUCGUCAUUACCCAAGGUUCCAUCGCACGAAGAUGAAUCCGGUCAGUCUACGAGACUGCCCACACCCACUUCUGCCAGCUUCCAAUCCCCACACAGCAGCCCUCAAAUCUCUUCAUUGGCGUCUCCUCCCCUUACUCCCGCGGGAUCCGGUCAGGCUAGUUCGGAUAGAAAGUCUAGGGAAGGGUCGAAAGCGAACGAGCCUCCAGUUAUCACCCCACAACCAUCGUCAUCCCACGACAGAGCAUCGGUAGCUCCCGACAGGAGGCCCUCGGCUCAACGAGCUGCUUCGGAUCAUGCGGUUCGUAGAGCGUCCUCAGCUGAAGAGCAGCACCAACCUCAUCGCCGAGGCAUGUUUGGAGGCGGGGCCGGUUCAGUGCCUGCUUCCCGAGAGUCAAGCCCUUCUCGCAGUUCAGCAUCCCACUUUUACUCAAAGCCAUUUACCCCUGGUGGUGAUAUCAAUGAUCCAUACGCCAAAGGUCGACGCCCUGCGCCAGCAGCACACACUACAAAGCAUUCGAUCGAUCCCAGAUUUAUUUUCUCUCGCAAGAAGAAGCAUAGUUCUCCUCACGGAUCAAAAGCAAAUCUCAACGAAAAGCGCGGGUCUUCGAUUUUCGGCGGCAGUGCAAGAAACAGUAGUGAAGAAUUGACGCACAACGACAGUGCUACCACUGGUAGUCUUCACACCGGACAUGGCUCGAUGGCGGACUUGAAGCGGUUCUUUCGCAAGGGAGGGCAUCACAAUAAGAAGAGGGAGUCGUCUCCAGUGCCAUCAAUCAAGAUUGGCUCCAAGGCGGCCCCAGCCGCUCCUAAAUCGACCCAGCAGCUACCUUUCGGAGACGAUCAUGGUCUAUCUUCCAAGUAUGGAAAGCUUGGUAAAUUCUUGGGAUCCGGAGCUGGCGGUUCGGUCAGGUUGAUGAAGCGCAAGGACGACGGCACCGUGUUUGCUGUGAAGGAGUUCCGUGCGAGACACACCUACGAAACCGAAAAGGAGUACAACAAAAAGGUGACUGCUGAGUUCUGUGUUGGGUCAACUCUUCAUCAUGGCAACAUCAUCGAAACAUUGGACAUUCUCCAAGAAAAGGGACGUUGGUAUGAAGUGAUGGAAUAUGCGCCGUUCGAUCUCUUCGCAAUAGUCAUGACCGGCCGGAUGUCGAGGGAAGAGAUAACAUGCUGCUUCCUUCAGAUUCUCAAUGGCGUAACCUAUCUGCACAGCGUAGGACUGGCACAUCGCGAUUUGAAGCUGGAUAACGUGGUUGUGAGCAGCAAGGGCAUUAUGAAAAUCAUCGAUUUUGGUAGUGCUCAUGUCUUCAAAUACCCUUUUGAGACCGACACUGUACCUGCUAAAGGUAUCGUCGGCUCUGACCCUUAUCUUGCACCCGAGGUUUACGACUCUAAAGAAUAUGACGCUGUGGCUGUAGAUAUUUGGUCUUUGGCUAUUAUCUUUUGUUGCAUGACUCUUCGCCGCUUCCCUUGGAAGGUACCACGAAUGACAGACAACUCUUUCAAGUUGUUCGCAGCGGAUCCAACUCCAGGGCAUGAUCCCAAAAAGUUAAUUGUGCCUUCAAAGUCAACGAACGAUCUGACUACCACACCUGCACGGGAUUUCUUGGCCGAGGACGAGACAAAGAAGCAUCUUCAGCAGGAGCGAAAACCAGAUGGAGCCUCGGACCAGGCUAAUACCGCGACUGAUUCCAAGACAUCUGAAUCCAAGCCUGCAGCUUCAGGAGAAAAGAAAGAAGUCAUUCGGGGGCCAUGGCGUAUCCUGCGUCUGCUGCCUAGAGAGAGCAGACACAUUGUCAGCCGAAUGCUUGACCUCGACCCCAAGAAAAGAGCCCGUAUGGACGAGAUUCUUCAAGAGCCAUGGGUUGCCGAUACCGUCAUCUGCCAACAAUUUGAUCAUGGCGAGGUUGUUCCUGCAGAAGAUCACACCCACAUCCUAGAACCACCAGCCAAUCAACAGCCAGAAAAGAAGUGA